AUGCACGGGAAGCCUGGGUCCCCUGGGUUACCAGGUCGUGACGGCCGAGAUGGACGUGAAGGAGUCAAAGGUGAUCUUGGCAGCCCAGGGAAGACUGGACCUCAGGGACCACCAGGCCCUAAGUACAAAGUCCUUUUGGUGAAAAGGGGCAGCCUGGAGAGAGUGUGGCUCCUGGUGCGAUGUCUUUUAAGAACUGGAAAGAGUGUGCGUGGAAGGACUUGAAUGAAGGAAAAGAUAUCGGCCUCAUCAAGGUGAAUAGCAAUCUUUUUGACAAGAAAAAUAAGUUAGCGUGUGAUUGUUUAGGUACUCUUUUGGUUUGUGAGUUUGUUUGCUCGCACAUUGCAUUAACUUCUCACAAACAAAACGGUCACAAGUACUGAGUCCGUUCUGAAGUUUCGAUUCCAUUUUCCAUGUUCUUUUUAUCUGUUUAUCUUGAGUUUGUAAUAACUCUUUUAAUAGGAGUGUGUGUUUACCAAGAAAUUUUCCGAGACAUCUCUCCGUGUUUCCUGGACUGGAACUCUUCGACUCACUGGCUGCACCAGCUGCUGUAAACGCUGGUAUUCCACUUUCAACGGUGCUGAAUGUUCAGGUCCCUUGCCAAUUGACGGUAUUGUGUUCCUGGGUGGUGCUAAGUCUCUAAAUCCUCACCGUGUCCGCCAUAUUGAGGGUCACUGUAACAACAUUCACAAAGGCAAGGUGCGCGUGGGAUUCUGGGUUGGUAAUUGUCAGGUCGACAGCCGAAACGAUUACGAUGCCUACACUGGUUGGAUUUCAGUGUCGCGGAUCUAUGUCGAGGAAAUCCCCAAACCCCAAGCCUAAUCAGAUUUCGAAACAACACAUUCUUGCAGCAUAAAAGCUUGGACUGGCGACAAUUAAGUAUGACGUGUGCUUUGUAAUAAUUGUUUAUUUGCUGAUAAAAUAAAAAGCAGGAAGACGAUGGAGAAUAUUUUGUGUGCGUUUGGUUUCCAUUUGUGACUACUUCCUUUACUAGAAAUAACUUGUCGGUUGGUGUCCUUUUUGUUAAUGCGACAUUUUCCACCGACAGAUCUUUUUGUCAGUCUUGAUGAUCCUCGGUGAGCAAGGCCGUUGUUACGUUUAUAUGUGACACGCGUCCCACAGACAGCUAAGAUCAGCGAGGUCGAAAGCCUCCUGUGAAUAACUAGAAUAAAGUAGGAUACAAACCCUCUUUCAGCUUCAAAGUCUUUUUAACAAAAACUUCUGAAUUUCCAGAUUUCUCAUCUCUAUGGCUAGAUACCAAGUAUGCUUCUCACUACAACGCGGAAUAUGCAUUUAAAAAAUAAAAUAAGUAUGGUCAUUUCCAUACUCAGCCAUCCUCGUUUAAAAGGAUCAACUUCAAAUCCUGAAAAGAAGCUUAAAUUUUAUAUGUAACAAUUAAGGCCUAUACUGCAAGGGUUAUAUUUACAGGCUGAAGAGGAUAAUAGGAAAUAUAUUUAACUUUGAAAAAAGUCAACUUUAAAUAACUAUUUCAAAUCCUUGAUCUGAACCGAUUUCAACUAAUUCCUAUGGAACCUGAGAUUUAUUCCUAAUAAGAGUUCGCCGCGUUUUAAUUACGGUCACGUAAUCAAAUAUUUGAUCAAUAUUUUCUGUAAGGACAAGCUAUGGACAGGAAUACGUCUUGUUCGGGCCCAUUAUAAUCCACAGUCCGAUUCGUUAUCCCAAACAACUUAUUGUCUUUUGUACUCAAGGGAACAGCUGGAUCAGUGGGUGAGUGUGCAAUUUAUUUUGCCUCUUUCAUGUUCCAAUCCUCGGACGACCAUCAUCGCAAUGAGAAGACAAAAAAAAACAAAACAAACGAUUAUGACAGCAAGGAAACUGUCCACUUGACAGUUUCAAAGAGCAAGGAUAAACUUCCGAAGCAAAUGAUGUACUUGUUGAUUGAGACGAAGAGCCUCAAUUUUUCCUUACGACCCGACCUAUUUAAGGUUUUAGUUAAAAUUUUUAGAACUUUUUUCGAAAUUUUUGAACCGGUACUCACCCCCUUAGCCAACUUCAUACUGUCACGAAAUCAAACUUUCUUCCAUUUGAAAUUAAACAUAAUUCAAUCCUACGCAUUAGCAAAGUUUUAUUGUGGUAGGUUAAAAGCUAACGUUUUAACCAUGUGUUCCUUUCCCUACGAUUGAUGCUGAAAAGAACUUCCCGUAAGUCUCAAAUUCAUUCUUUAAGAUGUACGUGAUAAAGAGCAAUUCAGCUGCCUUUAAUAGUUACCCUGAUUACCAGUUCAAAUUUUACGCCACAUUCAGACCAACGUCGGGCAGAUAGCGUGCAGCUAACUGCAUUGUGUUACGUGUUAGAAUAUAGGCAACUUAUGUUUUCCUAUGUAAUCUUUGGCCACUCGCAUGUUACUAAUCGUACCCUUGCGGUGUUUUCGUCACGAUCGUCGUGUUUCCAGAUCCAUGAAUGUAAGUUUUCUCACGUAGCCAGCUUCUUAAAGCGCAUUUAAAGGUGAAAGGUGAUGACUCAUAUGGCUGUUGAUCAUUAAUAUGACUUUAGGAGUGAAAUCGAAACCUAUGAGAAAUUCAGUUGUUAUUUAUUCUUCAGUAACAAUCAGGCUAAAAGGAGCAAGCGCUACAGGAAGACCGUAUCCUAGAAAAAUAUUAUCAUCAAUUCGCUGAAUCUUCUCAGUUAAUUGCUGCUCGCUCACAAGAGAAGAGCAAUUUAGCCUCGCAGGACGUAUACAUCACAAAUAGUGAGUUCUACUUUUUCUUUUGUCAUAUUUAGAAACUUCUGGCUAGCGUUUUAAAUACGUCUACAGUUAUGUUGAUUUAAAUUUACACAAAGACAGAUGUAUAUGAGAUUUAUGCAAGGCCACAUAAUCUCAAUCAGGCCAACUACAAUCAGAUUUGUAGCGGAAGCAGUACCAGUGCAAAUCAUUUGAACGAGGCUGAGCAAAACACCUUCACUUUCAGUUCGAGAAUUGGCGAAGGGCAAUUUGUUUAGCAGAGGUUAUUGGAUAUAUUCAUUCAUGUAACGCAAGAGAAUAUAAAUUUGUGGAACAUUAAUUAGAGUUAAAGAUCGUUUAAAAAGAAAACGAUUUCGUAGGGAGGGAAAAUCAAAGGACUUGAUGAAAAGUGCGAAGAAAAAGAGCAAAGCUAAGGUGUAUUUUAUGUGGGCCGCAGGAUCAAUCCAAGCACAUAGCGCAAUAUUUGCGACUCUGCCAAGCAACCUUUCAGCGUUAUAAGCGGCUAAAAUUUUCGAAAAAAACUUAGUGAAUAAAGAAAUGAUAAAAUAUCAGCUGCUUACAAAGUUUGACUCGGUCCUCAUCCACAGAGGUUGAAUCUACACUAGGAACUGAUCAGCUGGCCAACAUGUCGAGUGCAAGUCUAGCCCUGUUGCUCUUACUUCUAGCUUCACUCCAUAUUGCAGCGGUAAUUGCAAAUGGAAAACAGAACGAUGAUCAGCCCAUGGUAAGUCAUUGAGACCAACCAAAUGUUUUGAUGGCAUUGCUUCUGCGGGGAUUAAGCCGUUUUGAGUUAGGCGUUGAAAGCAAGUGAGAAAAAUUUUGACUCUUCAUAGUUAUGUUUCACAAUGCUUUUUUGAUUGACUCGCUACGUCUCGGGCCACCGAACCAACAUCUCAGAAUCAAGAGAUUUCAUUCUCUUCCUUAGUAUCUACUUAAAUUAAUAUUUACUUUUCAUACAUACGUACAAAAUACCUUUAUGAGUUCUAACUUUGAGGAAACAAUUCAUGUUCAAACUAGUCACGUCCUCCUUACUGUAAUGCCGGAAUACCUGGUAUGCACGGGAAGCCUGGGUCCCCUGGGUUACCAGGUCGUGACGGUCGAGAUGGACGUGAAGGAGUCAAAGGUGAUCUGGGCAGCCCAGGGAAGACUGGACCUCAGGGACCACCAGGCCCUAAAGGAACUCCGGGAGCCAAAGGAGAACCUGGAGUACAGUGUUCUUCUAGUGAAAAGGGGCAGUCUGGUGAGAGUGUGGCUCCUAGUGUGAUGUCUUUUAAGAACUGGAAAGAGUGUGCGUGGAAGGACUUGAAUGUUGAAAAGAUAUCGGCCUCAUCAAGGUGAAUAGUAAUGAUUUUGAGAAGAAAAAUAAUUAAGCGUGAGAUUGUUGUGGUAUUUACUUGGUUUGUGGGUUUGUUUAUUUUUGCAUUGCAUUAAUUUCCCACAAACAAAACGGCCACAAGUAAAGACGUCCUUUCUGAAGUUACGCCUACAUUUUCCAUGUUCUUUUUAUCCGUUUAUCUUAGGUUCAUAAUAACUCUAUUCAAAAUAACUCUUUUUCACAGGAGUGUGUGUUUACCAAGAACUUUUCAGACACAUCUCUCCGUGUUUCCUGGACUGGAACUCUUCGAGUCUCUGGCUGCAUCGACUGCUGUAAACGCUGGUAUUUCACCUUCAACGGUGCUGAAUGUUCAGGUCCCUUGCCAAUUGACGGUAUUGUGUACCUGGGUGGUGCGAAGUCUCUUAACCCUCACCGUGUCCGCCAUAUUGAGGGUCACUGUAACAACAUCCACAAAGGCAAGGUGCGCGUGGGAUUCUGGGUCGGUGACUGUGAUGGAUAUGGAAACGCUGACGCCCAUUCUGGUUGGAAGUCAGUGUCGCGGAUCUAUAUCGAGGAAAUCCCCAAACCUCAAGCUUAGAUUUUAAAUAGAACACUGAAUGUGGUUCUAAAAUAAUAACUGGGGCAGUUAUCCGAAUUUAUUGUCUCGAAAUAUUUCUUGGUAGUUUUUGCCUCGUCCUUUAGACAUAAUAUUCGGGUAGAUCGUGAUUACCUGGUAAACGCAACACAAUAAUAAUAAAAAUCUUUUUAUUCAAGUACAAGUUGUGUCCACUUUGUUAUAAGACAAUUUGUUCGUGCUUUGAGCCGUGCGUAUAUCGAAUUAUGGAUGCACGUGGGGAAGUUUGGACUCAUCCAGCCUGAAAAUUUCCCUUCCCCCCCCCCCCCCCAGCUGUUAUAGUACUUUACAGAUGAGGGCAACGAGUGCGCAGCCUUCUGAAAAAACCAAACCCAACUUAUCCUUUUUUGGUAAAGUCAACGGUCAUGUUACCCUCAAUCAGCAUAAGCGGAGCCCUCUUGGAAACAUCAGUAAGGCCGUUAUUUCUCAUCUACUUCCGUGUGGCCCGAUGA